ACACACACACACACACACACACACACACACACACACACACACUCACAGGAUGGCCGCCGUCUCGCCUCGCCGCUGCCGAACGCCUCAGACCUUCAUCAUCUUCCUCUUCGUCCUGUCAGGUGGACCGUUUUCGUCCGUUUCCUGUUUUAAAGUGGCGGAGGGGGGCGUGGCCUCUCUGUCCUGUCAGUACUCGGUGAAGCGUUUCGGUCUGAGUCGGGUCUGCUGGGGCCGCGGCUGCGGAACCUUCUGGUGCAACAACAUCCUGGUUCAGACGGACGAGCACGGAGUCAUCUCCAAGCUGACGGAUCGGUACCGGCUGACGGGGGACGUCCUGGACGGACAGAUGGACCUGGACAUCCUGAACGUGAGGCGGACGGACAGCGGGCCGUACUGCUGCAGGGUGGACAUCGACGGGAUCUUUAACGACAAGAAGGUGAUCAUGAACCUGAGAGUGGUCAAAGCUCCCGUCACCAGUUCUCCUCCUCCAACGACAACCACGACAGAAACGACCAGUCAAGUCACGGAGCCGUCGGCCACCACAGUAAACUGGAAAUCCCUGCUGUCGUCUCAGCUGGACCUUCUGAGGCGGAACUCCACCCUGCUGCGCUACGACACCGUCACAGUGGAGGACUCUCUACCGUCUCUGUCCCUUCAGAUCAACGUUCCCGUCCUCUCUCUCUCCCUCAGUGUGUUGUUGAUCUUGGCGGCAGUUUUUCUCUUUCUGGCCUUCAAACGUGGAAUAUACAGAAGAGCCUUAAAGACCGGCUGUUUCUCCUCUGAUGAACCUCCUCACAUCAUCUAUGAGAUCCGGAUGAGAAGACCGGUCCAGGAGAACAUCUACACUCUGGACUAGAGGGGCCGAGCUGAAUGCACAGAAAGCUUUACGUUCAAUUAAAUAAAAAUAAAUCAAACACACACCUGCAUUUGUUUGGCUGAGCGUG